AUGAAGAUUGAAGGUAGAACAUUCAUUGUAUCAGGCGGAGCUUCAGGCUUAGGUCGAGCAUGUGCUGUUGAUAUCUGCCAAGCUGGAGGAUAUGCAGCAGUUCUGGACAUGAAUGAAGAGUUGGCUGAAGAGUUGGUUAAAGAAGUAGGAGGUGGAAAGAUUAAGUUCUUUCAAACAGAUGUAUUGGAAACAGAUAGUAUUACCAAUGCUGUUAAAGGUGCCUUGGAAUGGGUGAAAGAAACUGGAAAGGAGAUUGGUGGAGUUAUUGCAGCUGCUGGUGUAGCUACUCCUGCUAAGAUCCUCGACCGCAACCUCAAUCCCUUCUCUCUCUCCGACUUUGAUUUCGUGAUGAACGUCAACGUCCGCGGUACUAUCGAUUUGAUUCGUCAAUGUCUUCCCCACAUGGCUCGUUCCACUCCUUUGAAUGAAGAUGGUGAGCGUGGCGUUAUCAUCAUGGUUGCUUCAUCUGCUGCCUUUGAUGGCCAGCCUGGUCAAGUCGCCUACUCCGCUUCAAAAGGCGCAAUAGUCUCCUUAACCCUUCCCUUGACACGUGAUGUUGCAAAACAUGGUAUUCGCGUCGUCACCAUAGCACCCAGUCUUUUUGAUUCAAGAAUGACGGCUAUGAUGAGUGAUAAAGUGCGAGCGAGUCUGACUAGAGUUAUGGAGUUUCCACUACGACCAGGCAAACCCCAUGAAUUUGCACAACUGGUAAGACAAAGUAUUGAGAAUGUGAUGUUGAAUGGAGUAGUUUUGAGAUUAGAUGGAGGAAUGAGAAUGCCGAGUAAGAUGUGA